CGGCACAUGGUCCCAGUCAGUCUUCUGUGACUACUGUAUCUACGUCCUAAAUCCAAAAAGUUGCUAACGCUUGCACGUUGCAGUUAGUGAACCCUUGCGUCAUUACUGGACUGCUGCCCCUGUGGAGCCAUGACUUCCCUUCCGAAAUUUGGAGGUCUUACACGCACAUCUGCUCAAAAAGGGGCUUGUCAAGGGGUUCCUUCCCUGUCACGGCUAAGUGCUUGCCGACCCCAUCAUCGCCGGGUUGCGACCGCUGCUGCAAUGGGCGACGAUGGCGGCUUAUUAUUCCUGAACAACGGGGAGGUUCUGGCCUUUCCUAAGAAGCGCGCGCAGCUAGGACCUUGCUUCGAGCUCUCGUGCGAGGACGCGCUGCGUGUUCAGCUCGAGGCUCUGCAACGCAACAAUGUGCCGUACGCGGAUCACGGCGUGGAGGUGCUGUACCGCUUCGCCAACUUUGACCCCUUCACCCGGGCCAACUACUUCGGGCGGAGUCUGGACCUAGGGCAGUUCGAGCGCUUCCGCCGCGUGAUGCACUCGCCCGCCUACUCCACCCUGCUGGACCACUCGGGCUGGCAGCUGCUCAGCGCGCUGCAGGUUGACGAGGGCACCUGGUGCGCCCGCGUGCUGGUGUACGACACGCACCGGCUGGAGGAGCGCACGUACGACAUCACCAUGAUGCAGCGGCUGGGCGGCUGCUACGACGGCUACUGGUACACAGACAAGUGGGUGUGCGAGGGGCAGGACGUGAGGAGCCUGUGGGCGCAAUGAGGUGGGGUGCGCGAGGAGCGAGGAGCGUGUGAGAGAGUGCUCGGUGGCGGGGCUGUGAGGGCCGCGAGGGUGGUGAAGCGCGGGAGUACUGAGCGGCAUCCGGCGCAUGGCAGGCAGGCCUGGGUGAGGCUGUAAAAUAGAGCGUGUGAUCGUGCGCAAGGCUAUGUUACUUAACUUGAAAUGUGCUGUAAACCUUUGUACCAGUAAGGAUGGAGCGGAAUCGAAUGCUGCAAUAGAUUCGUGUAUUUGUUUAGUUAGCAGUUUGCCAGUUGACGGGCUGCUACGUUCGGUAGAUCUUACUAAUAUCUCGCAACCGUAUUUCAUGACAAGCGUGUUGUUCGUUCUACUGUACCCCAUAAGCGAGAGUGUACAAUUCUUUUAUCAAAGCACUGCUAUGUUGCGUCUCCCUGUAUACUUAGAUCGAUUACUGCUCGUGUUGUACGUGACGCCGGCAGCGACUUGUACUGCUGUUCUUUCGUGCGCGUUGUGCAGUAUGUAUGUGGGAGUUUUACCAGGUCUCCAGAUGUGCUUGUGCGAAGUGGCAGAUGCAGAGAUCCGAGGUCUCUCACAAUGUACGACAACGGAUUGGACACAGGCGCUUGCGAAGGGCUGUUUGUUUACGGCAUGACGGCACGGGUAGGACAGCCUUUAAGCAUAGCGUAAUGGGUCCUGAAGAGCUUGCAAAGGAAGUCCGGCUUAUCUCAAUCCCCUGCUGGGUAAGCGUUGUAACAUGCACUGCCGC